CGGUUCUAUUUCGAGAGAGGCUCAGCGCUGCGUUCGCGACCGUUGAGCCACAAAUAUACAAAUGCACAAAGUCACGUGAUUUCAUAUUUUCCCCGUCGCGUCACCGCAGACCGCGAUUGCGCAGACGUUGGCAGACAGAGAGAAUGGAGAUGACGAACUGAUGAAUAGGAAUAUUGUCUUGAGAUUGCGUCAACCUCGUAGGUUGUUUGUGCCUGCACGAGCAGUCUCGACUAGCUCGGAGAGUAUAGCAAACGAAGAGAAGAGCAAAGAGACAAAGGACGAGGAUGAGCUUGAACUGCCGGCUCUGCUGAAGAAGCCCAAAAGAAAACGUCUGAAAUCCAUCGACCCUGAUAAACCCAACCUUGACCUUUCAGACUGGUCGCGGAGAUUUCAAAAUAACCCAUAUGCACACAUCCUCUGCAGACCCAUUCGGCAGUGCGCCGUCACCUCCGCGCGUCUUCCUCACCACCUUCUCGUUCGAUUCGCUGCAUUCAAAGUCCCCGAAAAUCUCGAGCAUCUCAUAGUCGAAAGCGCUCCGACCGAGAAGAUUAAACGCAAGAGACAUAAGCCCAAAAUCUCAAAACAUAUCGAUCCCAACAAUCAGCUCGUCAUUCUCCCUCUCGAACAAGGCAGUCUACAUAUCGGCUCGACAAGCUACCAUUCUCUCAAUCGGGAGUUUUUGAAUAUCACCGAAAGGUCCGGCAGAUAUCAUAGCCUGCGAGAGGCGAUCAAGUCUUCGUUGCCCGAGAACAGAAACGGCACGUUCGUGUAUCAGAACGACAUGGCUACGGUCGUCGAGCGGCGACUGAGGAUGAGGAUCGAGCUCGCUCUCGAUAGACUUGUGCUCUCUGAUGGCGUUUUUGCAGAUGCCGCUGCUGCUGUAGAGAAGUACGGGAUCAUCGAUGCCGCGAUUUCGUGGAAACCAACCGGCGAUGCCAUUCGAGCAACGCAGUUUUUCCUGGCGCCGGAUGGCAAGACCCCGGUAGUUCGAUAUUUCGUCAAUAAUCUUUGCGGGUACGAUCUUGCUGCGAAGAUGCAGAAGCUGCUGUUUCAGCGCUUAUCACCAGAAGCGGGGACACCAGAUCUGGACGAGGUCGCUAUCGUGUCUACGCCAGCCACGCGAGAAUUGCUUAAACAGCUGUGGCUGCUGCGAUUGUAUUUAAAAGAUAGAACGUAGGUUUACGUGUUGGGUGGGUUCUCGGUUUCUGUUCUGUAAUAUUUUAUUCUUGUAUAUAGACAACAUACAUAUCGUACA